AAUGUCUUCAAAAGAUAAGAAAAGUGUUAAAAGUGAUAAAUCAUUAGAUAAAAAAAAGAAAACGACUAAGGUUGAGAAAAAGGAUUCAAAAAUUCUACCUUCUCUUGAAAAUGACCAAUAAUAAUAACUAAUUGCUAGAGUAAUUAGUAGAAGUGGAGAUAAGGAAAGCAAGAGUUUAGGUAUUAUAAAUUAUUAGCUUAGCUAAUUGUGAUGAUGAUGUUUAAAUGUAAACAUUCUAUAAUAAUAAUAAUGGUAAUUAUUAAGCAACAGAUUAUUCUAUGCAACAUAAUUAAUAUGAAACUUAUCAUACUGUUAAUUAGAAUAAUAAUAAUCAAUUCAGAACUAAUAAAUUUAUGAAUGAUCAAACAACUCAUUAAUAAUAAUAUUAAGAUUAAUACUACUAAAAAAAUCCUUCUUAUCAAGAUCAAUAUUUUUCAUCCAGUUAUUCCUAACCUUUUUAUCCAUCUCAAUAAUUCACUCAAUAGGCUGGAUUUGAUUAUAGAUAUGAGAGAAUCAAAGAUUAAGUUACUCAGAAUUUGUUGCCUAAAAGAUAGGAAAUUUUUGAAUAAGUCUAAAAGGUUAUUGCUAUUAAUGAUAAAUUAGAUAGAUAAUAGAAUUGAUGAAAUCAAAUAUUAAUCCUAAAAAAUUGAGAACAUAACCAGAGAGGAAUGUGAAAUAAUUAUAGAUAAAUUAAAAAAUGUAGAAAAUCAAAAGCUUUAAAUUUUAAAUCAUGAUAAAAAUGAAUUACUUAGGUAAUAGCUCUAUUUUUUAUUAUUUUAGAGAUAUUGAUUAAAUUGAUGGUUUACAAUAAAGGAUCUCUUAAUUGUAAGAUUUCAAUUCUUAAAAAAAUUUGGAUUUAUAUGAAAAUAUAGAAAGAUUGAGUAGAAAGAGAAUAAAAAAAUAAAUUGAUAUUUAUCCAGAUGAUUUGCCUUAAGAUCUUAUAUAAUUUAGAUAAUUGUAAUAGCAAAAUUAGAUGCUCUAGAAAUUGAUGGAUUUCAAAAAUGAGGUAAUUUGGAAACUCUUUAGUGAUUCCCAAAUAGAAAGUCAAAAAAUUAGAGAUGAAUUAGAAAGAUAAGCUAAUCAAGAAUUUCAAGAAUGGUACAACAUUGUAGAUUAAUAUUAAUAAGAAUUAAAUAGAUAUAAAUUAUAGUGCACUUUUUGUGGAAUCAAUUUUGAUUAUCAAUUAAUAAAUUCUGAUUGUAAUUCAAAUCAAGAAGAUGCAAGUAAUAUUUUGAUUAAUGAUCAGAAAUAUAAUUCGACUGUGAAUAGAUUCCUUCUGAAUAAUUUUUAGGUACCCGAAGACACUUCUUUAGUAAAAGUAGAUAAUUAUAAUAGUCUUAAAUUUAAAUGGAAGACAAUAAAGUAUGA